ACUGGCUAUAUGUGUUUAAUAAGUUGAUCCGAUUUACAGACUUCUCUUAACUAAUGAAAUAAGAUAAGGAAAUAAUCAGAUAUCAUCUCUUGUAUUUAAAAUGUCAGUUGGCACAACAAAUGAGAACAAAUAUGUUGGAAUCUAUGACGAAAAUACGAUGCACACACAAGUAUAUUCUCCUGUGCCAGAAAAAUACAUAAAGUCCAAAAAAUCAAAGGCAUUUGGCAUGACACUGAGGCCUAGGAUCCCUCUUAAGCAACUGAAUGCUGUCUCAAGCAUAGCACGAGUGUACUUGACUACUAAGCACAAACGUUUGGAAUCUGAAAGUGAUUCUGAACGCCCAACACCCCAGGAUUCAAAGUUAAAAAGAAAAAUGCAAACCACUUUUAACUUUGUGGCUCAGAAAAUCACGGGCAAACAGAAACGCCAACGUUUAGAAUCCAAUCAGAAAGUAAACGAGAAAACCCCACGUACACAAUACAGAGAACGAAUGAAUUUUUCUCCUUUGACACCAAACAACCCGUUUGAUUCCCCUCCAACAAACUCAUGUUCUCAUUCACUUCGUAGCAGUGUUUCUACAUCUUCUUCUAACAAACAGAAAACACCAAUCAGUCGUAAAAGAUCAUACAGAGCUGAUGAUUUUAACAACCACUUGGAGCAAGUAUCAUGUGGAAUUCAACAGCUACAAGCGAACAGUGAUAACCUGGUUACUGUAAUAGAUGAUAAUGUUGGUUCCUCUGCUAAAAAGAAACGUCAAACUCAAGCAGAAUCCAACCGCUACAAAGAAUUGGGAAGCAGCUCACCUGAAACGCCACGCACUCGCCGGGCGGUGGCGCGCAGGAGCGCUAGAAACCUCGGGCUGCGUUUCGCCAAGUCAGCGUCUCACAUCCAAGCUCGCGUGUACGGAAAACCCCGAUUUGAACCGAUGACGUCAUCAAAAACGCUCCGCGGAAAAUGCAACUCGGCAAGUGACGUUAUAUCGAAGAAUCAGCGGCACAACCAUUAUGACGAACUCGCAUAAGGUGAGCACGUGUGGUGUGAGUGCACGAAUCCAAGGUUGUCUGUUCACCAACAAAUACGACUCGUAUUACAAACUUUUAACCUUGGCCUUACCGUUGUUAAAACCAAGACUCGUAUACAUUAUUAACAAUAUUUAAGAAGUCGUAACAAUUAAUGGUUAACUUGGAGACGGUUUGUGUAAUUCCCCCCACGUUUCGUGGAACUCAUUAACAGUACAAACGCCUAUUACGUCAAAUGCGUUGCUAUUUGUAGUUUGUACACAUAGAAUAUUAGAACUAAAAGCAAAUAGGUCUAUACGUAGACUAGUCUACUCAUUUGCAAAUUUGUUCUUGCUACUGGCGACUUGUAGUUUAAACAGCAACCGCUAAUAUACAAAUGUUAUUGCUUGCUACCAUAACAGUGCUUUCGCAACUUAGUGUUAAAAUACCGCUUUUACGCCAAACUUUUGCUACAAACUUACCUAUUUCUAAUUCAUAUGUUUUGUAAAAUCAUGACGGUGCUUCCUUUUUUACCCAACGCAUGCUUUUUGUGCCAUGCUCGCUGUAGCUAUAUUGCCUGUGUAUUUGUAUGUCGAUCACUAUUCAUAAUGUUAUAGCUUGUAGUUUGUAAUUUAAACAUAACAAGCCCAAUACGCUAUGCUCAGAAUCAUGAUUGCUUUCAUAAUCUCAAAGGUGUUGAUUUUUAAAGGGUUUGGUUGAAUACACUCACAACACGCAG